GGGGAACAGUAGAUCUACAGAACACAACCGUUCAUGUCACCGCGGUGCUGUCAAAACAUUAAUAUGUUCAUGGCAUGUAGGCUGCUCCCGGAGUCACAGCAAUCAUGAUGAUGUCCACCAAAUAUUUGAAACUGCUCAACUCACAUACACUGAAAAGAAUUCCAGCAUACAGUGUUUACACCUUAACAACUGUUCAAAAGGAUACAAGAAAUUACAGUACAGGAUCCUCAUGUAUCAAGAAAGACUUUCUUAAACUGAGAGUUGCUUCUGCAGCAGUUCAUAUCUAUGGACUUAACAACAAAAGAUGUCUGAGCCUGUCUCCUGCUGGGAUAGUAAAUGCAGCCCCAGCACCUGUACAGCCGUACCUCCGGUUAAUGAGACUGGAUAAACCUAUUGGGACAUGGCUCCUGUAUCUGCCAUGUACGUGGAGCAUCGCGCUGGCUGCAGAACCAGGCUGCUUACCUGACCUGCAGAUGUUGGCACUGUUUGGCACUGGAGCUUUGCUAAUGAGAGGAGCUGGCUGUACCAUUAAUGACAUGUGGGACAAAGACUUCGAUAAGAAGGUGACCCGGACGGCCAUGCGGCCCAUAGCAGCAGGACAGAUCACUCAGUUCCAAGCUUUAGUCUUCCUAGGGGGGCAGCUGAGCUUAGCAUUGGGGAUUCUGCUCUGUCUUAACUAUUACAGCAUAGCCCUUGGUGCAGCAUCAUUAUCUCUGGUCGUUACCUACCCCCUAAUGAAGAGAAUAACAUACUGGCCUCAGCUCGUCUUAGGUUUUACCUUCAACUGGGGAGCUUUGCUUGGUUGGUCUGCUGUGAUGGGAUCAUGUGAUUGGUCUGUGUGUCUGCCUCUGUAUUUUUCUGGUGUGAUGUGGACACUCAUAUACGACACAAUCUAUGCCCAUCAGGACAAAGAUGACGACAUUAAACUGGGCGUCAAGUCCACAGCUCUAAGGUUCCAGGAACAGACCAAACCAUGGCUGAGUGCUUUUACUGUUUCCAUGCUGUCUGGACUGGUACUGGCCGGCGCCAAUACUGAUCAGACGAUCCCGUACUAUGCAGCUGUGUCCGCAGUCGGUCUUCAUCUAGCUCAACAGAUCUAUUUUUUGGACAUCAACAAACCUGAGGACUGCUGGAAGAAAUUUGCAUCAAAUCGGAACUUAGGACUUCUAUUAUUUUUGGGAAUAGUUGUUGGCAAUUUGUGGAAGAAGAGGAACCACAGUCAGCAUGAAAUGAAGACCACAGGUUUUAAUAAAACAGAUUAAUAAACAUUUAUUACAUUUCUAUACACAGGGACAUUUAUUAAUUCUUUAAAAAAUUUGAAAUGAUUACAUGUAUAAAAAUCAAUGUGAACAUCGAGCACAGAAACAGUAAGUUACACCUACAUACAAUCAAACCGAAAUCCAUACAUCAAGAUUCACACACAAAUAUAAAAACAAACGUAUACACAAAGGUCGCUAAAUCAAGUUGCCUAAGUUUUUAGUAGCACUAUAGAUAUUAUGGGAUGUACAGUAAUUGCGAAACAAGGCACAGCUAUUCAAACCAAGAUAAAACAAAUUAUUUGCUGGAUUUGCUUGGGAAGUUGAGUAGAAACUUGGUCACGAGGAUGCACACUCUUCAUAAGGAGAUUCAUAACUGUCCAUUGGAGGACAAGUGCACACCAGAUGCUGGUCGCCAUAGAUGUCAUCAAUCCUCGAAAUUGUGGGCCAGAAUUUGGUCUCGGGUCUGACGAAUGGCUGCAACGGGAGAAAGAAAACUCAGCAAAUAAGCAUCGUAAAGGUUUCUGUAAUGCCAAGUUCACAUUACACAAGUCAUCAGGUCGCUGUACAGUUCACACUACACAACUGGAUCUCUUGUAAUCAGGAGUCUUUCAAGUCGGUGUGGCUUUCACACUACACCAUCUAUCACCAACUGGAAUCGCAGGCGAGCUUCUCUGGUCUCCCAAACUACUUUUUUUUUUUUUUUUUUUUUCACGAAAACAAAUGCAAGAGGUGACGAAAGGUUUUAUGAUACCACGUCCAAAAAUGCACAUCAACAAGUGGUGAGCGAGCAAAGUUUGUGCGCUGAUGUGCAGUGUAAAAUCAAGGAGAAAAAAAAUAAAAUGAAUGAGUGGAUUUGGCUUGGAUUGUUCUAUAGGGAGUUAGAGGUUAAUAAAUAUUUUCUGCAAUGCAGCGUUGGUGUUUUGUAAAGAAUGAUAAGGUCAGAAAUACUGUAAUACUUGUGUGUGUGCCAAUGUAUUCUGAUAUAAUCUAUAUUAUGCCCCCGUCCCACCUUUUUACAACACCUACCCUGCGUUUCCCCUCAUAUCUUGCGUUCUCAUUGGCUGUUCGACAUAGCACUCAUUGCCAGUCGGGCAUCUCAGAUCCAGAUAUUUUACAAGCUAGAAAUCUCUCUUCGGUCGCCAAGCACUGUGAGCCGCUUGGGUCGAGUUGUUGAGUAGUUCACACAUAGCGAUUAAGAGUGGAGUUUUGAUCGCCGAGUGCACGCCGAGUUGCUCCAGAGCUGGCAAAUCUAGCCAAGCGAAAAUCGGGGCAAAGAUCGUGUAGUGUGAACUAGGGAUAAGGUGCAUGUAGGAAUAGGAAUUAGUUUUAGUAGAGCAUGAUAAACACUUAAUUGGUAACGGUUCAUCUUCAAUGCUUUACCUUUAUUCAGCAAGCUUAUACAACUCAUCGAUGUAUCAAACAGCAUUGUAUUUUAUAUGAACAGGUUUGCAUGGCUAAAUAACUGGCCAUAAUAUAAAACGGUUACAUUAAAUACAUAAACGGAGCGUUCAGAGCAUUCAGAAAGCAUAUUUUAAGCAAAUGCAGAAAAUCAUAUUCAUUAUUUUAACAACACUUAUUAUAGACUGAUCAUAUGCAUAUUUGCACCAGCUUUCUCAAACUUAACAAAAGCAGUUUGCAUUUACAAACAUCACUAUAUCGGAUUUAAAUAUUUGACAACAAGCAGAGAAAUAUGAUUAGGCUUAAAACCUGCUGUUCACUUACAAAGUAAGCACGCUGCAGAAGACCAUGACUGCACGCUGUUUAGUAAUUAAAAGUGACAGAACCCAUAUUGAUUCAAUAAGAUUUAUUUAAAUUAAAAGGAAAUAUGUUAAAAUCUAUAUACAGCCAUUACAAAAUUGAUAAAUUUGGCCAGACGUUUAUAAUUUAUUAUAAAUAAUUGAGCAAAUUUGAUACUUGACUAGUAAUGCGAAGGUUGCCGGUUCAAGCCACAUCACCACCAAGUUGCCAUUGUUGGGCCCUGAGCAAGGCUCUCAACCCUCAAUUGCUCAAAUUGCAUUCAAUGAUAAUUGCAAGUUGCUUUGGAUAAACAUGUCUGCUAAAUGCUGAAAAUGUAAAUGGAUAAACACUGGAUUGAAUUUA